AUGAGAUUACUGGUGAGUUGCACACAUAAUGGUUCCCUGAAGGAAAUAGUCUGUAACCAAGAUACAGACACAUCAGUACAGACCGCCAGACAGCCUUUUUCCGUAAAGGCUCAUAUGGUAGAGGAUGCAAAUGCUAAGAUUAGUCAGUUAUUGAGUGUUGGAGGUUCUCUGGUGGUAGCCAGAGACAAUGGUUCUGUGGAAUUGUAUGAUUGCACAAGGGUGCCUCACACUGUGGAUUCCGACGAUGUCACAACCGAUAACAUUACUGCCACUACUGAUAAAGAAGAAGCACCUGUUGUAUUGAAACCAAUGUUCGAUAUUACAGAGUUUGAAUUGUUAUCUACCGUGUCUGAUUUACUAAAUGAUACCAGAUUGGAGAAUGCUUCAAAGAAGUCGUCGAUGAGAACUAAGAUAUAUGAUACAUUUGUGAGUAUGCACCAAUUACCAAAUAAUAAAAAUGUAUUGUUAUUGGCUUCGAAAUCAGGGUUGGUCCAUAUUAUUUCCAUCAAGAAGAAUACUUUGAAAUUAAUCAAAACUCAUGAGAUCAUUGCGCCAUUGGAUUUUGCUCAAAUAUAUGAUAAUACAAACUCUAAAUCUGUAGUGUUUGCAUAUGGUGGUGAAGAGAAUCUUGUGAAGUUAGUCAAAUUAAGCGCUAAUUUUAAGGAGUUAACAAAAAUAUGGGAGGCUAAAAAUGUAGCUAAUGAUAGAUUAGAUAUGAGAAUCCCUGUUUGGCCUACCGCAUUGAAAUUUCUAAACCCUCAGGAUUCUAAUAAAAUCGAGUCUGAUAAAUUGAAUUAUCAAUUUGUAGUAGUGACACAUUGGUCUCAUCUCGCAGUAUAUCAAACACAACAUGGUCGCAAACCGUUAGAAUACAUUGAUCUUCUACUGAAACGUGAUCCACUAGCAUGUCUAGAGAUGGUAGGCAAUGAGAAACUAAUGACUGCUGCUGGUAAUUUAAAGAGUUCCGAUGUUAAUGAUUUCAGUUUUGUUACUACUGAUUUGAAAAAGAAUGUUAUGAGAUUCAAUAAUAAAGGUAGAUUGAUUACUAAAUUUGGUAAGGACGACAUUGUUGGUUCUGCAUUUUUCGUAAAAACCGUAAAGGGUAAAUAUUUAUUACAAGGUGGUCUAGAUAGAUAUGUUCGUGUAUUUGAUCUGGAGUCUGCAAGAAGAAUAGCUAAAGUAUACGUUACUGGUAAAUGUAAUAAUGUACUGAUGUUGGAUGACGAUGAAGUAGAGAUCCCACAACCUCCAGGUAAGGGCAAACGUGCCCAAAAGAAAAGACAUCAACCAGAAAAUGAAACUGAACAAGAUGUAGAAGAACUUUGGGGCCAUCUUGAGGAGAACGGCAGCAGGAAAAAGACUAAGAAAUAG